AUGGAUCUUUCUAUUAUCAUCAAAGGAAUUUUCUUCUUCCUUCAGACAAGUACUGGUGUUCUGGGUAAUAUAAUAAUCCUUACGUGCUAUGCACAUAUUGCCUUCAAUGAACGGAAACUGAUGCCAGUUGAUAGCAUCACAUCCCACCUUGCUUUUGUUAACAUUAUAGUUCUACUUACAAGAGGAAUCCCACAGACAAUGACAUCUUUUGGAUUACAUAAUAUUUUAAAUCAUCAUGGAUGUGUAUUUGUCAUUUUUGUUUAUUCAACAGUUAGAGCUCUUUCAGUGUGUAUCACUUGCCUUUUAAGCUUGUUUCAGUCUGUUACUAUUGCUCCAGCAACCUGCAGUUGGGCCUGCCUCAAAAUGAAAAUCCCACAAUACCUUAUGCCAUGUUCAUUCAUACUCUGGUUAGCCAAUAUGGUUAUAUGUGUGGGUCUGCUGUUUUAUACAACUGUCCCUCAAAAUGGAACAAUUCCAAAAUAUACAAUCAGUACAGGGUACUGUCAUGUAAAGUUCCCUAGUGAACUUGUAUUUAAUGUUUAUGGGGCUGUAUAUACAACACGAGAUGCUUUAAUUGUGUGGGUGAUGAUUAUGUCAAGUGGUUAUAUUUUGUUUACACUGUACAGACAUAACAAACAAGUUCGGAGUAUAAGAAGCUCAAACUCAAGUAAAUCUACAGCAGAGAUGAAAGCUGCUGAAAUUGUCAUAUGCUUGGUAAUACUUUAUGUCAUGUUUUAUGGAAUUGAUAACAUCAUUUGGAUAUACAUGAUAAUUAAAACAUCUGCAUCUCCUGAUAUUGUAGAUCUUAGAGUCUUCUUCUCUUCAAGCUAUGCAUCUCUAAGUCCUUUUCUAAUUAUUAGUUUUAAUAAGAAGAUUCAACAGAAACUUUGCAUUAAAUGUAUAUCAUAA